AUGGGUAUAAACAGUAGAAGGAAAGAUGUAAAAAGACAUCAAAGAGGAUUGAAGUGUAUGAUAAAUAUCAAAGAUCAAAUGCUCACAGAUUUAGAAUUUAGCAAUUUGAUCAAGGAUUUAAGAGAAAUCAGUAAUGAUUCAAAUUACCAUUCAGAUGAAGUUUCAGAAAUAGAUGAAGAAGAAGAAGAGAAAAAUAUAAAGAUUCAUCCAUCUAGGAAUGAAAAUACGAAUCAUGUUUUUCAUGUAUACGAUAAAAAGUAG